AAUUAUCAAAAAAAAUCGUUGAGUUAUAGAAUGGAUGAACAAACACAAAAUUCAACCACCAUUAUCAAUGUAACUUCUGAUGCAGAAAAUAGUGAACACACCUUUUACGAAAGUCCUCCUCCACAACCUCCUUAUAUCAGUAAAUUUUGGAAAGAUAUACUUGCAACAGAAGUGGUCAAUUAUACUCGUUUAAAAAAAACUCCUACUAUAUCUCUUCCUGGUAUACAUGCACUACCAAAACAACCACAUAUAACAGAUCAUUUUGGUUCAAAAAAACCUCUGCCACCAUCUGUUACUGAAAGAAUUGAUCAUGCUUUGUUGAAAGCAUGGGUAAUGGCUGGUAUACCAUUUGAAGUCAUAGAAAAUCCAUUUGUUAUAGAUCUGUUUAAUGAACUUAACCCAGGAUAUACACCACCAUCAAGAACAACAUUAUCUGGUCGGCUUUUAGAUCAGGAAGUUACUAGAGUCAAUCUAAACAUUGAAAAAGAGUUGGAGUCUUCUGAUAAUUUAACAUUGAAUGGUUGGACUUCUAGGAGAAAUGAAUCUUUAUACAACUACAUUAUCUCUACACCAUCUAGGAAAGAAUACUUAAUAGCAUUAAAAAAUUAUUCAGGUUUUUCUCACACUGGUAACUUUCUUGCAAAAGAAAUUUCAGACAUUGUAGAACAAAUUGGUUCAGAUAAAUUUGCUGCUGUAGUUACCGAUGCUGCUCCAGCAUGUUGUGUUGCAUGUGAAAAAACUGAAGAAAUGUAUCCUCACAUUUGGGAUAUAAGAUGUGCGGCACAUUCAAUCAAUUUAAUAGCAGCAGAUCUUGUCAAAAUUGAUGAUAUCAAAGAAUUUAUUACAAAAUGUGGAAAAAUCACAAAAUUUUUUCACAAUUCUCACCAAGCAUGUUUUAAGUUACGUCAAGGAUUGCAGCAAAUGAAAAUCAGAUCUGAAGGGUUACAAACUUGGGUGAAAACAAGGUGGGGUUCACUUUAUAUGACAACUGAUUCUAUUUUACGUGCAGUACCAGUGUUUGAUUGGAUAAUUGUUGAAAAUAGUGAUGUAAUUUCAAAUGAUGAAGUAUUGUUUUUACUACAAAAUGAAGAUUUUUUAACCAAAUGCCGCCAUGUUCGUUCAGUUUGGGAACCUAUUAAAAAAUGUAUAGACAUACUAGAAUCAGACACAGCCACCUUGGCAGAUUGUUUUGUUUACAUGAUCAAAUUAGCUGUUGCAAUUUUCAACUUACCAGACUCAAAUCAAUUUAAAAUCUCUGCAAUCCAUAUAUUUAACAAUCGCUAUAUGGAAUUUCAACAUCCUGCUUAUUUACUAUGUUAUUACAUUCACCCAUUCUACAGAGCAUUAGUUGCUGUUAAGUUGUGGAAAAAUUUAAACCACAGUGAACAAGAAAGUAAUGAAUUAAUUUCUCAACUACGAAAGUUUGAAGCAAAAUUACCUCCUUACGACUUACCAUACAUUGAAGGAAUGGACACACCUGAACUUUGGUGGGGUUCAAUUAAAAAUAAACCUAGCCAUUUAUCUGAAAUUGCAAUCAGAUUAUUUGGAAUAACUCCAACUCAAGCAAAUUGUGAAAGGAAUUUCUCUACUCUUAAAUGGAUAAUAGGAGAUCAUAGAACUAGACUUGCCAUACAGAAACUUGAGAAUAUUUCAAAAAUUAGGUCUUACUAUUUAACCAAUAUAAAAGCUGAACUCUUGUAUUGUGAUAAAGAAUCAACUAGCAAUGAAUUAAGAAAUGCAGCAAAUGAUUCAUCAAUUGGGACUUUAAUGAAUUUAGAAUCAGAAGAUGAUUAUUUAAAUAAUGUUAAUUUAAAUAAUAAUUCAAUUCAGGCAAGAAGCACCUUAAUAAUUGAAGACAUUGUUGAUUUUAAUUUUUUUAAUAAUAAUGAA